AUGGCAUCUAAAAGCCUCGAUGAUAAGUCUACUCCAUCGGAAGGAUCUGCCGUCGGUCUGCCUCCAAUCUGGUCGACUCAACCGUUCUUACGAUCGCUUGUCCAAGCGUUCGGGUAUGGACUCGAUUGGCCAGAUGUUAGACUGCAGGAGAUCGAGUACGAGAAGAUUGAUGCCUAUCCCAAUGGCUAUCCACGUUUAGCAGCAUAUAUAAACUCUGAUCAUAACUUUCUCGUGUAUCGUAAAUUUGGCACAGCACGUAAUCGAGUUCUCUUGCACCGACAGCAACAGGUGGUAGCUGCUGAAAGAGCCCUUUAUGAGCUGGACUGCUCGAACGAAAAGCAUGGCUUUGCACGUCGUUUGCAGACAAUAUACCAGGAUAAGGUUUCUGUAGAGUCUGAAAAAGACUUCAAGAAGAGGAACUGGUUGAUCGAGGAUCUGAGCGACAAACUCGCUGAAUAUGAUAAGUUGCUGCUUCGCGAAGCACAGAUCGAACAGUUCGAUAGUCCAUCGCGGAGGAAUUAUCUUAGUCUCUACCACUGGAUCUGGAAUCUCAAGCCUGUUGUGCGCGAAGAGGGAAAAUUCUUCAGUCGUGCCGAUGAUUUCGUCAUUCUCUCACGACGAGCACAGGACUCUCCGCUGAGAGUCUUCAUCGAGGGGAUCAUUCUCAGUCUACCAAGAAGCUGGACUCGUCUCGUCUUUACGAACAAACACCAAAAGCAGGCAACAAGCGAAGCAUCGGUUACUUUAGCUGACCGAGGUCGAGUCGACUCCCUUAUUCGAGUGAUCAUUGUAGCCACGACAGUGUUCAUGGUCGUGAUACCUCAUUCGAUACUCCUCGAGGGAAGCAUUUAUGGUCAGAUUGGAACACCCACCAUCUUGACGUUCACCGCUGGGUUCGCUAUGGUGGUAUCAGUGUUUGCGAGACCAAGCAACCUGGCGUUGAUCACAGGAACCGCCUGUCUAGCAAUCACCUCUCCCAUGUCCCAUGGAUGA